AUCCGACCGAAAUGAUGAACCGAGUCGCCCAUAAAAAUAAUCUCGAUGCUUGCCCACAAAAGGACAUGCUCCCGCAUCACGAAAUGUCAAGGCGAUGGCACGGCCAUUAUAUCGCGAUUCCCCGUCGAUCAAUCGGGCGAAAAUCACAAAUUCGUUACCACAGGCUCUCACGACUUCUCAUGAGGGGCUCACCUCCGACGACCCCCGCCCCCCCCCCCCCCCCCACCCCUCUGCUUUCCUUGAACGUAGAAAUAUUGGAUUCCAGAGUAGGGCACGUCUUGCCAUCGCGAGUUUCAACUCGUGAAGCAUACAGGCUGACAUUCACCGCGAUAGUCAUUCACAUCGAUGACAUCCUCGAUUGCAAUGGACGCGAGAUUCCCGGAAAUACGAUCGCCAUCGGGUAUGUGAUGGUCAUGUCCAAAGGACCAAAUGAGGUGGAAGCCAAAGCCAUAGCCACGUUCACUAUCCACACGAGUAUGAAAGCAUCAAUCAGGCAGGGAAAUAUAACAGGUAUGUAUGAUGUCGAUGCCACGGCCGAUUUGCGCAUAGGAGACCCGGCAUCGCUUUUGCACCAUGUCAAAGAUGGAGAGCAUAACAGUGAUCGACCGCUUAAUUAUGGGUUGUUGGAAAGUAUAUUGCCUGCAUCACAAAUCGAAGAUCAGCUGUGCUUGUGAUUGUAUCCAUUCCAAGAACUAACUU